AUGGGGCAGCCGACCAUACCCCCGACACCGCCUGACAUUGACUUGUCGGGGAAAACAAUAAUCAUCACGGGCGGUAACUCAGGCGUAGGUUUCAGGGCCACAAGAGAGUUUCUAGUCCUUGGUGCUUCUCGCUUGAUUCUUGCUGUCCGCUCUCCUGCUCGCGGGCAUGAUGCCGUGUCUGCCCUCAUGGCAGAUCCCGCUGUCAAGGAGGUUAACCCCGAGGCGGUGGUAGAGGCUUUUGAGCUCGACCUGGACGACUACAAAUCUGGGGAGCGAUUCUGCCAAAGGGUCAAGUCAGAAGUUAAGGAGCUAGAUGUACUGGUGAACAACGCCGGCAUAGUGGACUUGAAAUACCACAAGAGCAUGAGUGGCCAUGAGCGGACUUUUCAAGUGCAUUGCUACACACAUCUUCUGAUCUCCUUGUCCCUUCUGCCACUUCUUAGACGCACUGCCAGACUGCGCAAUCAGCCGACACAUAUCAGCUGGGUGAGCUCAGGGACCUCAGCAACACAUUCUUUCGCCAAGAGACCCAUUCCUGCUGGUAGUUCGGUGCUGGCUCACCUGGAUGAUGAGCUCAACUUCGACUACAUGACCCGCUACUCCGACAACAAGUUUGUUGCAAAUCUCCUGGUCCGCCGCUUGGCAGCGGCAGUGUCGCCGUCGGAAGUCAUCAUCAAUUCGUUCUGUCCCGGUUUCCUCAAGCCAACUGGCAUCGACAAAAGCCUUCCUAGUUGGCUAGGCCUGGUUAUAGGCAUGACGCGCAGGUUCAAGGGCAGAGACGUGGACGGAGGAGCCAGGACGUUUGUUUACGCCGCUGCAGUAGCCAACCAGAAAACGCAUGGGAAGUUUUUGCAACAUAAUCAGGUCGAUGAUAAGGCUUGCGCUUGGCUUGAUGAGGCUAUUGGUCAAGACUUUAGUGAUAGACUCUGGGUCGAAAUCAUGGCAGACAUGAGCCGAAUCGAUCCUGAUCUGUCUUCUCUUGCAUAG